GAAAUCGUUAAUUGUGUAUUACUUGAUACGAUUAGAAAACAUUUGUUUUGAUUUUUGGAAUCGAAUCAUUUGAUGCAGGUGUCAAGCUCCAUGGAUACCGAACUGAAUUCACCUCCUCAUGAUGAUGGUGGUGAUACCACAACCACUUUUCGAAAGCCUUCCAAUGACGGGGCUAGCAGAAAAUACCGCCGUCGAGCUUUAGCUGACGAUGGCUCAUCUUCAUCUGAUGGAAGUCCUGAACGUAAUCAGAGCCCUAAUCCAAAGCAUUCUAGGGGAGAUAUUAGGAAAGAUUCUGAACCAGUUCAUGUGAGGAAAGAGGAUAGGCGGGAAUCUGAUCGCAGCCUCUAUGGUAGAGGUGGUGUUGAUUCGCAUAAACGCGAUGGGUACUCUAGGGAUGAUAAUUACGGAUCUAAGCGUGAUGAGUACAACAGACAUGGGAGGGAUGCACAUCGUUCUAGCUAUGAUCCAAGAGGUGGCAGACAUUCCGACCGCAGAAGAGUGGAGACUGAACAUAGCAGGUCAAGAAAUGAUUCAGACAGACAUUCCCGUGAUAAGUAUAGCAACUCUGGACAUAGAGUCAAUAGUAACGAGAAAGGUCAAGAUUUGUCAUCUGGUAGGAGACACGCAGACUCAAGAGUGGAGGAUAAAGAGAAGGAUUACGUGCGGGGGAGAGAUUUUCAAGAUGAGAAAAGAGGUUCUCGCUGGAGUUUUGGUGACCGCUAUUCCCGUGAUGAAAGAAAGGAACAUGAGGACCCUGAGAUUAGAAAGGAGAAGGAUGUUCAUGUCAAAUCUCCAAGAGACCGUUCUGAUGAUAAAUGUUUGGCCACUGAGAAUCGAGAUACUCAUUCUAAGAAAUUGAAGGGGUUCAUAUCAGAGAAGUUUACUACUGGCAGUACUAAUGCAGAAGAGAAACAGACAUCAAUCUUAAAGCCUGAACCCGGUGAUGUUGAUGCUGCAAAAGUUGCAGCUAUGCAGGCUGCUGAAUUAGUGAAUAAAAACCUUGUUGGAACGGGUUACCUGACAACAGAUCAAAAGAAGAAGUUAUUGUGGGGAAAAAAGAGAAGCACGGCUUCAGAAGAGUCUGCUCAUCGUUGGGAUAAUGCUAGUGCGCUAAUUGGUGACCCUGAACGACAAGAAAAAUUCAACAAACUUAUGGGUGUGAAAGCGAAUACAGUAAACCAAGAGCAGAACCUGAGCGAAGUCGAGGUGGAGAAGCAGAAAGAGUUGCAGAUGGACCUAGAGAAGCAGUACACAGCAGGGUUAAGGAGGAGAGAUGGACGAACAGUAGGGUUAGGUCUUUGAACCUUUUUGGUAAAUUAUUCUCAUACUCUCGUCUCCUUCUAAGCAAUCUUGUAGCAUCUUCUUUUUGUACUCUACUACUCUUGCCAAAUCCCUUGAUCAAAGUUACCUCAAUGUGUGUAAGAAUUAAGUGCAGUAACCAUG